AUGGCAACCCUUAGGCUCCUUCUGAUGCUGGCUCUGCCGGCAUGGGUUAUUCUGGCUGACCAAGAGUCAUGCAAGGACCGCUGCACUGAGGGCUUCAACGCCGAGAGGAAGUGUCAGUGUGAUGAGCUCUGCUCUUACUACCAGAGUUGCUGUGUCGACUACGUGACUGAGUGCAAGCCCCAAGUGACUCGCGGGGAUGUAUUCACUAUGCCAGAAGAUGAGUACUGGGUCUAUGAUGACCAUGAGGAGACCAAAAACACCAGUGUCCACGCAGAGACAGAGCACACCACCCUCAACCCUAACCUGCAGGCUGGCACUGAAAGGACUCCUGAGCAGGCACCUGUUCUGAUCGGUGAGGAGGAGGCCCCAGGAACAGAACACGGGACCUCAGGGUCUGAUGUGUGGACCCUAACGCCUGAGCACACCGAUGAAGAGAUCUCUGCGUCCUCAGGAGAGGAGCUGUGCAGUGGGAAGCCCUUUGACGCCUUCACUGACCUCAAGAAUGGUUCUAUCUUUGCCUUCCGAGGGAAGUACUGCUAUGAGCUGGAUGAAAAGGCAGUGAGGCCUGGGUACCCCAAGCUCAUCCAAGACGUCUGGGGUAUCGAGGGUCCCAUUGAUGCCGCCUUCACCCGCAUCAACUGUCAGGGGAAGACCUACCUCUUUAAGGGUAGUCAGUACUGGCGCUUCGAUGAUGGUGUCCUGGACCCCGAUUACCCCCGUGAAAUCUCUGAUGGCUUCAAGGGCAUUCCGGACAAUGUGGAUGCAGCCUUGGCCCUCCCGGCUCACAGCUACACUGGACGGGAGCGGGUCUACUUCUUCAAGGGGAAACAGUACUGGGAGUACCAGUUCCAGCACCAGCCCAGUCAGGAGGAGUGUGAAGGCAGCUCCCUGUCAACUGUGUUUGGACACUUCGCCGUGCUGCAGCGGGACAGCUGGGAGGACAUCUUUCAGUUUCUCUUCUGGGGUGGAUCCUCUGGUGGUGCUGGACAGCCCCAGUUCAUCAGCGAGGACUGGCCUGGUUUGCCCGCGCAAGUGGACGCAGCCAUGGCUGGCCAGAUCUACAUCUCAGGCUCAGCUCCGGGCUCCUCCUGGAUCAGGAACACUAAGUCUAAGCGUCGCAACCGUAAACGCUACCAAUCUCGCAGAAUGAGAGGCCGUGGCCCCAGCCAGAGCUCCCGUCGGAAAUCUCGUUCAAUCCGGCUGUCCUUGUUCUCCAGUGACGAGAGCGGCCUGGGAACCUAUGACAUGGACUGGCUUAUACCUUCCAAAUGCGAGCCCAGCCAGAGCGUCUACUUCUUCUCAGGAGACAAGUACUAUCGAGUCAACCUUCGCACAAAGCAAGUGGACACUGUGAGCCCUCCCUACCCACGGAACAUCGCCCAGUACUGGUUGGGCUGCCCAGCCUCUGUUCUCAAGAUCCUGGGCUUCCUGGGCCUUUGA